UGCAACCUCAUGGAACCAGGAAAUAUUACACGGAUAUCAAAAUUUCUUCUCCUGGGAUUUUCAGAGAGACCAGAACUGCAGCCCCUCAUAUUUGGACUUUUCCUCUCCAUGUACCUGAUCACUGUGUUUGGCAACCUGCUCAUCAUCCUGGCCGUCAGCUCUGACUCUCACCUCGACACCCCCAUGUACUUCUUCCUGGCCAACCUGUCCUUUGUAGACAUCUGCUUCACCUCCACCACCGUCCCGAAGAUGCUCUGGAACAUCCAGACUCAGACCAAAGUCAUAACCUAUGAAGACUGUAUCACACAAAUGAACUUUUUCAUAACCUUUGCGGGGAUGGACGACUUUCUCCUGAGUGUGAUGGCCUAUGACAGGUUUGUGGCCAUCUGUCACCCCUUGCAAUACACGGUCAUCAUGAACCCCCGGCUCUGUGGACUCCUGGUUCUGGUGUCCUGGAUCACGAGUGUCCUGUAUUCCUUUGUACACACCUUAAUGGUGUUGGGGCUGUCCUUGUGUACAGAAGUAGAGAUCCCCCACUUUUUCUGUGAACUCAAUCAGAUGAUCCAACUUGCCUCUUCUGACACCUUUCUUAAUAACGUGGUGAUGUACCUUGCAGCUAUGCUGCUGGGUGGUGGUCUGCUUGUCUGGAUCCUUUACUCUUAUUCUAAGAUAGUUUCCUCCAUAUGUGGGAUCUCAUCAGCUCAGGGCAAGUAUAAAGCAUUUUUCACCUGUGCAUCUCACCUCUCGGUUGUCUCCUUAUUUUAUUGUGCAAGCCUAGGUGUGUACCUGAGCUCUGCUGCUACCCAGAGCUCACAGUCAAGUGCCACAGCCUCGGUAAUAUACACGGUGGUCACGCCCAUGCUGAACCCCUUCAUCUACAGCCUGAGGAACAGAGACAUAAAGAGGGCUCUGAAAAGAAUACUUGGGAUUCAGUGUUAUAAGAACCAAUCAUCCAAAGGCUAA